AAAUUAAUCUUGGCCCUGACAAAAUUAUAUUCAUGGCUAUAUUGCAAAAUACUAACAGCACUCUGCACUGAAGAUGGCAAACAACAUAUAUGCUGUCGUUGAAUUUAUAGAGGAACAAUUAGUGGAAAUUGUUGCAACAUGUUGGAUUGAGACAAUUGAUUGUGAAUUAUACUGCUACUGGCCACGAAAUAAUGCAUCUCAUAAAUUAAGGAAGCUGGAGAUUCCAGACAAAGAAACUUGGAUUGCUUAUAAAGUCAGAGUUUUCUCAUAUACAGAUUCAGUAGCAAAAGCACAAAAGAUUUUGAAAAGGGCUGAAGAAACAUCAAAUGUUGAAUCCGAUUCAGAUUCUGGCCAUGCAAGAAAAAGAAGGCGCACAAAAGCCAGUUUAUUUGAAUAUUCAGAAGGCAGUGAUUCGGAUGAAGAUAUCUUAAAAAAUGGGAAAAAGAAGUCCCUUAGAUCAUCUUUCCCAGUUAUUACACCAUUGCUCCCUGUUGCACCGAGCUUUUCAUCAAAUCCAUCGAAUGAAAUGAGUCUGCCCAUGGCUCAGAGAAAGGAAAUUUUUAGUGCCCUGAGCAAUCCUCUCACUGAUGCAUCUAGGACCAGUUUAAGUUCUGGUGUACAGAAUGUCCAUGGAAGCCAGACUGAGGCUAUUUUUUAUCAAACAGCUGUUGGAACUCCUGAAGGCAACAGGAAUUUAUGUGAAAGAAACCAGCAUUACAGUUCUGGUGCAACUACAGACUCUUUUGAAACACCAAAAUCAGGCAAUCGCAACUCUCUACAUCAGGAUCACGACAGCUUUCAAAGAUCUGUUCUGACGAAGCUUGAUAUAAUGCUUGAAAAACAAGAAGAAGCAUUAUCAAUUUUGCGGGUAGUACUUGGUGCCACAAGAGGUGUUAGUGGAAAUGAAAUGCUUGAGGAUAUUAUUCCCAAUCCUCUGGACUCAGUUGAGGAAUUGGAAAACCUUAAUGAUCGACUUGCAGAUGAAGAUGCUAGGAAAAAAAUGUUACAAUUCUUCCUUGCUCUGUGUGGGCAUAACCAUGGUUUUAGCACAAGAAGAAUCCUGGCUAAGGUCGGAACAAACAAGCUGUGGUCAUUAUAUAGUCUGAAGAGGAGAAAAGCAAAGCGGGCAUUUAAAGAACUUGCUGUCUCGAAAAUUGUUAUCAAGGCCUGUCUACGUGUUCACAAAGGUGUAAGUGAAAUAGACAUCGAGGAACAAAUUGCAGAGUAUUUGAAGCAUGAUCCACAGAAAUCCGGUGGCUCUAGAUACAAGGAUCGUAGGAACCAGGAGCAAGGAAGUGCAUAACUUAUUUUAUGGUGUACAUUUUAUCUAAGGCCUAUCUACACGAUGCGAUUAUAGUGGUAUGCGAUUCUUAUCCAGACGUAUGAAAACGAUUGCUGAUGCCAGUCUUUCUGUU